AUCCCGGUGCCCCGGCCGCCGUCCUUGCCGUCUUGCCGAGUGCCAGCGCCCCGCCGCCAUCCUGCCUCCGUUCUUCUUCUUCCGAGACGCCCAGAGCCCCUGACCAUGGUUGGAAAUAGCAAGGGCAAGAAAAAAAAUUAACCAAAACGGUAUCUAUAGAUAUUUUACUUGUGGACAGAGUAGCACUCAUGCUAGUGGAGUUCAUCUUCAUCAUGAACCUGAAGUGGAAGUGGAAGCAGAAAACAUUGCUCAUCCGGAUGUUCAAGAUGACAACGGUGAAGCGGAAGAAGAUGCACAUGUUCAAGAGGAUAUUGAGGAAGAAAAUGCACAUGUUCAAGAAAACAAUAGUGAAGAAGUUAAUGGUCAAGAAGUGGAAGGUAUAACUGAGUUCAACCCGGACCACAUUAUUUCUGAUUUGGGUCUUCGUAUUCCAAUUGAUCGCUUUGUUUCUAAUAUUAGAGAUGAAGUUAGGAGGGCUUUCAUAGUUAAAGGUCCGACUUAACCAAUUGGUCAUAAUUUUCCCAAAUCAAAUGAUAAAAGGAGCUUUCAAAAACAUUGGUUUAGGCAACAUAGUUGGUUGGAAUAUAGUUUGGAGAAGAAUAAGGCUUAUUGCUUCUAUUGCUACCUUUUUAAACAUGAUCGAAUGGAUGAUAAGUUUUGUUAUGAUGCAUUCACAAAACUUGACUUGUCACAGUGGAGGAAUGCUUCCUUGGCAUUUUCCAAACAUGUUGGUGGGCCUAGUAGCAUACACAAUGUUGCAACAACAGCAUUUCAUGAUUUUGAUAACCAAAGGUCAAGUCUAAGACAUAUUUAGUAGAGAUGCAUUGGUUAAAUAUGAGACUCGAUUGGAAGCUUCCUUAAGUAUUGUAAGUUAUCUAGCAUUGCAAGGUGAGCCAUUUCGGGGACAUGACGAGUCUGCUACUUCUUUGAAUAAGGGAAAUUUUUUAGAAUUUCUUGAUUGGUACAAACAAAGUAAUGAGGAGGUCAGACGAGCUUUUGAUGAGUUGUGUCCGAAAAAUGCCAAAAUGACUUCUGGAAUAAUUCAAAAAGAGCUUGCAAACUGUUGUGCAGAACCAGUCACAAAGGCAAUAAAGGAAGAAAUGGGGGACUGUCUAUUCUCUGUUCUUGGUGAUGAAUCCCGUGAUAUAUCGGUCAAGGAACAAAUGGCCAUAGUUGUGAGAUUUGUCAACAAAAAAGAAGAAGUAAUAGAAAGAUUUUUGGGUAUCAAGCAUGUCAAGGACUCAACAUCAUAAUCAUUGAAGAAAGCAUUGGUUGAGAUGUUAAGUGAUCAUGGAUUAGUUGUUGCAAGGCUUCGAGGGCAGGGGUAUGAUGGUGCUUCUAAUAUGAGAGGAGAGUUUAAUGGUCUUCAAAAAUUGAUUCGUGAUGAGAACCCAUUUACUUUCUAUAUACAUUGCUUUGCUCAUCAGUUGCAAUUGGUAGUUGUUGCUGUCUCAAAAUGUUGCUCAUCUCUUGAGGAUUUCUUCAACUACGUGACAUUAAUUGUAGCACUAGUGCUUCUUGCAAAAGGAAGAAUUUACUGCUUCAUAAGCAUCGCUUAACUCUCUUGUCUAAGUUGGAGAGCGGAGAAAUUUCAUCAGGAAGAGGUAAACAACAAGAAACAUCAUUGGCAAGACACGGAGAUACAAGAUGGGGAUCUCAUUACAGGACUUUACUUCAUAUUGAGUCUAUAUGGGAUUCAGUAAUUGAAGUUUUAGAAAUUGUGCAUCAGGAUGAGUGCAAUCCAUCGGGUGCAGGAGGCUUGGUGGAAAAAAUAGAGUAUUUCAGCUUUGUAUUUAACAUGAAGAUGAUGAUGCAAAUUCUCCACAUCACAAAUGAGCUCUCUCUUCUCUUGCAAAGGAAGGAUCAAAAUAUUGUUCAAGCUAUGUCUUUGGUUGUUGAUGUGAGAACACGUUUGCUUAAUUUGAGAAGUGAAGGUUGGGAGCCAUUGUUUGAAGAAACUAAAGUAUUUUGCCUUGCAAAUGAUAUCUCAAUACCAAAUAUGAGUGAUGCUUUACCAUGAUAUGGUCGGUCAAGGAAAGAUUUUCAAUUGCUAUAUUGUAAUUGAUAUUUGGCUAUUAAUUUAUCAUGAUCACGUCAUCACGAUGACCUCUUGAUAAGGCGCCCUUGCUCUGGCAUGAAAGGAGGAGGCGCUCUUGUCAAUAUGCAGCCGCCCGCCGGCAAGCAGCAGGCGCCCAAGCCCAAGGCCUCCUCCCUCUUCCUCUACAUCCUCCUCCUCUACAUUCUCCUGCCGGUGCUGGUGCUCUACGUGGUCGCGCUCGCCGUCUCCCCGUUCUACUCUCACCCGUGCCCGCCGGACGACAGAGCCGUCGCUCGUGUCGCGGCCGCGGCUGCGGAUGGCACGAGGCCGAAUAGGAAUGAUGAUGGCAGGUCGUCGUCGCCGUCGCCGUCUGCGGCAUCGGUGGUCGCGCUGUUGCCACCCAAGGCCUCGGACGCCGAGCCCACCGGGCUGCGCCACAUUGUGUUCGGCAUCGGCGCGUCGUCGUCGCUGUGGGCGAGCCGGCGGGAGUACAUCAGGGUGUGGUGGCGGCCGGGGGAGAUGCGCGGCUUCGUGUGGCUGGACAAGCCGGUGCCGGAGGUACGGAACGCCUCCUCCACGGGGCUGCCCGGCAUCAAGAUCAGCGCCAACACGUCCGGGUUCCCCUACACGCACGGCGCCGGCAGCCGGUCGGCGCUGCGGAUAACGCGCAUCGUGUCGGAGAGCUUCCGCCUGGGCCUCCCCGGGGCCCGGUGGUUCGUGAUGGGCGACGACGACACGGUGUUCUUCCCGGACAACCUGGUGGACGUGCUGUCGCGGUACGACCACACGCAGCCGUACUACGUCGGGAACCCGUCGGAGAGCCACAUCCAGAACCUCAUCUUCUCGUACGGCAUGGCGUUCGGCGGCGGCGGGUUCGCCAUCAGCCGCGCGGCGGCGGAGCAGCUUGCGCGCAUGCAGGACGGCUGCAUCCAGCGGUACCCCGCGCUGUACGGCAGCGACGACCGCGUGCACGCGUGCAUGUCGGAGCUGGGGGUGCCGCUGACGCGGCACCUCGGGUUCCACCAGUGCGACUUGUGGGGCGACGUGCUGGGCCUCCUGGGCGCGCACCCGGUGACCCCGCUGGUGACGCUGCACCACCUGGACUUCCUGCAGCCAGUGUUCCCGACGGUGAAGUCGCGGACGCGAGCGCUGCGGCGGCUGUUCGAGGGCCCCGUGGCGCUGGACCCGGCGGCCGUGGCGCAGCAGGUGGUGUGCUACGACGCCGGCAAGGAGUGGACGGUGUCGGUGUCGUGGGGGUUCGCGGUGGUGGUGGUGCGCGGGGUGCUGUCGCCGCGGGAGAUGGAGACGCCGAUGCGGACGUUCCUCAACUGGUACCGGCGCGCCGACUACACGGCGUACGCCUUCAACACGCGGCCCGUGGCUCGGCAGCCGUGCCAGCGGCCGCAGGUGUACUACAUGCGGCAGUCGCGGCUGGACCGGCGGCGCAACACCACGGUGACCGAGUACGAGCGCCACCGCGUGCCACCCACGCCGUGCCGGUGGCGCAUCCCGGACCCCGCCGCGCUGCUGGACCGCGUCGUCGUGCUCAAGAAGCCCGACCCGGGCCUCUGGAAACGGGCUCCGCGGAGGAACUGCUGCAGGGUAGUGUCGUCGCCGACCAAGGGGAAGGACCGGAGGAUGACCAUCGACGUCGGUAUCUGCAGAGAGGGCGAGUUCGCCAGGGUUUAGAGGCAGGCAGAUCGAGUUUGCGCAGGGGAAGUAGGAGCCAGAAUGGACGGCGAGAGCAAGUGGCGCAAGGAUGGAAUGGCCGGUUUGAGAUCUAGGAAUCAUGGCGCGAAACCGAAACGUUUGGGGAGACCAGGAGGGAGCAGCGACUCGUUGCGGUGGGGUCUUGUAGAUCGGUUGGUUCGGUCAGCAACGUGGCUGUCACUUUUACUGAUGAUCAAGUGUACGUACUUUAGAGGUGAAAACACAAAACAGGAAGAGUAGUACUUGGCGAUGUGAAAUUAUGGGCCUGUCUAGCCCAUAUUGGUUUCAACGUUCCAGCUAAAAUU